ACUGCUGCUGGCUCGUCUGCUGCCACUACCUGCUGACGAACCAGCAGCUAAACAACGCGCGGAGGAGAGGAGAGGCUUUUAGCACGCCUAGGGCUGGUUUAGGUCCCUUCCACUAGAGCGGGAGUCGGCUCGUUCUACCCUGACGGGUCCAUCCAACAAGCGAGCAACGGAGAAGAAGUCAUGGAGGCAACUCGCGCUGCAAUGCCAACAUAAAUUUCGAGGAUGAACGAACGACGCUAUUCGGUGCCGUCCCUCAACGAGCCCGCGCGGCUCCACGAGCUGGCUUCGGAGGACCUGCACGCGUGGUCCAUUUACAGACAGAACCUCAAUUCGGAUUUUGCAGAUUCCGCGCUGGGAGCGGGCGAGAAGAGUCCACUGCCUUACGGCAACUUCCAGCUCAGAGAAUCAACAGUCAGGUCCAUAUUGCGUCACCCUCGUUACGGUCCGAAGAGUGAGCUCACGGGCAACAUGUACACGUACCUCAAGUUCGGUCUUCCGCGAGUCUUUCCUCCCGUACGUAGGGACAACUCAAGCGGAUACGACUCGAGCGAAGACGGCUCGCCGCGGGCACCGGCAGCCGGCGGCGCCAAGGGUGGCGUGCCACGUUCUAGAAGCGAAACGGCGCUCAACGUGAUGAACAACCAGCCCCUGCGCAGCGCCAGCGAGGCCAAUUUGCUCACGAUGGCCGAGCUGCGGCCGCACAAGCGACGCGCCUUCCACAAAAUCCUGCCCAACUUGCAGCUGCGGAACGUGCACUACGAAAAAGGCUCAAAUCGACUCUUAGAGACGAUUAACUUGGAGGCCCGCGGCGGAGACAUGCACGGAAUUAUGGCCACUUCGAGAACGGAAGGGUCGGCGUUGCUCGAUAUCAUCUCGGGCCGGCUGCGGGCGAGCAAAGGCGAAGUAUGGCUGAACGGACACUGUGUCAGGCCAAAGGCGCUGAGAAAACAUUUCUCCGUGGUGAAACUGGAGAAUGAGAAUUUCGACGCCAGCCUAACAGCCAAGCAGACACUCCGAUUCCACUCUUGGCUCAGCAAUGCUCCCAGCGCCAAGGUCAGGAGGGCAGAGGUUGAGGCGCUGCUGUCACAGCUUGGGUUAAGCCAAGUGCGAAACACACGAAUCGGUGCUCUUACACACUCAGAACGAAUCCGUCUGCAGUUGGCAUGUGCUUUACUACAGGGUUGUGACAUGAUCGCCCUGGACGAUCCAUCCCGCAACAUGGAUAUUUUCGACACAUUUUUUCUGCUUGAGUUUCUGCGGCAGUGGGCCUCAGUGGGUCCUCGCAUCGUCUUUCUCACCAUUCACCCGCUCACGUUUGAAAUAUUCAGUAUGCUGAGCCGGGUCACCCUUUUGUGCGCCGGCCGACUCGCGUUCACUGGCCGUAGGGCAGAAAUGCUGCCCUACUUUGAGCAGAUCGAGUACCCGUGCCCAGCGUUCAAGAACCCUUCAGACUACUACAUCGAUUUGGUCACGCUCGACGAUCUGUCCGCGGAAGCGAUGCUCGAGUCGAGUCAACGAAUCCAGCAGUUGACCGAAGUUUUUGCCAACCGACAACCACCCUUAUCGGACCCGGGACCACCACUGGAGAUGCCGUCGGUUGCAAAGCCGCCUGGAUUUUUCCUACAAAUUUGGGCCCUCUUAUUGCGGGGGUUAAUUUUGCGGUGGCCGCUGUGCUUGGUGCGUUUCUCGCACAACCUGCUGCUUUGUGCCGCCCUGUCCGUCGCAAUCGGUGCCAUUUACUGGGACCUCCGAAACCCAGUGGCUUCCCAGGAUUCCCUCCCUGACUGGAUCAGCUUUUAUGUGGUGAUGAUGGGAAUGUGGAACAUGCCUUUAUCCUUCUGGACUGCGCUGGCCAAACGCCCCAACGACAAAAAGAGCAUCUAUCGACCCAUUCAGGCGUUUUGCAAGAUCUUACUGGAUAUUCCACCUUUACUUUGUCUCGCUCUCGCGUUUUUUGCGCCAGCUUACGCGAUGAGUGGCAGCGUAACCUCCGCCCCAAGAGCCGACCUUUUCUCAAUUUAUAUUGGUUUGACGCUAUUGUAUGCGCUCUGCUCGCACGCAGUGAUGCAGUUUUUCCUGGCGCUCACCCCUGGCAGCCCUAUCACGGGCUGCACUAUGGGUUUGGGCACCAAUUGGAUGCUGCUAUUUGCCUGCGGAUACCCACUGCACCUGGACGACCUGGCACAAGCAUGGACGCAGUAUAUAUCACCAUUGCGGUGGAUACUCAACACACUGGUGCAGCCAGAACUGCUGCAAGUCACCUCGGUCACUUGCAGACCAGUCCAGGUCCAGCGUCAAGAUAUCAUAGUGCAGCUGCCAUGCGCUCUGAAUUCGGGUCUGGACGUGCUGCGUCCUCUACAUUUGUCCCAAGGGUGGCCGUGGAACCAGUCCCUGCCUUUCGUUUCCAGUGUGGUGGCCAUUCUCACCCUCAUUUGGACAAUAUUUGCCUUCAUUGCUUUCUCAUUGGUCUGACAUUCUCUGAAGGCAGUUGUUGUGAUUUCGCCCAAAGCUCCCUCAGUUCAGUAGCCAUUGAUUCAGUUUAUCAGUUCAACGAAUGGAGUUAAGACAGAUUUUUUUCCAAAUGUGCAUUUAGCUUCUCAGUUUUAAUUUUACAACUUACAUUAAGGUAAAAGUUACAGACAUUUUGUGUUGCACAAUGUGAAUGACAAUGAAUACGUAAGAAUGUAGGUCUAAUAAGCGCGCCCCCUUCUGUUCUGACGCCGGUCAAUGAUUCCCCGCUCCAUUCCCAGUCUGUCUGGCAUGGAACGCUCCAUUCCGAUGCGCUCCAUCCUGUCCAUGCCCAUCGUGUCAGUUGGCGGGAAAAUGCCGAUGUCCAGGAAGUCGCCAAUGCGGAAUCUUAAAUGCACAAUGUUAUAAUUUACAGAUGUGUCUCGAUUGUGUGAUUGGUGGAGUGAACAAAUGUAUCAAUGAAAGUCACUAAUUCUGGUUGUGAUGCGAGCUUGCCUGAUUGUGAAGCAGAAUAUUCUAAGUUAUUUACAGAGAUAUUUUUAAUGGCAAGAGUAGUAAUUUAUGUGAGAUGAAAUAAAUAAUAUAUCAUAAAGAAAGCAA